UGCACGAGUGAAAUGAGGCAUGGUGGAAAAUCGUACCAGAGGAAUAUGUUUCAGAAGUAGCCUGCAAAGAAGGAACAGCAGAGCAGGUGGAACAGCGAGCUGGCGCUCCAUUCUGUUUGUGGUUUCUGUGCUUUAAAUCCACCUGCUGAUACCUCCGCCUCCUGUGCGCUCUCCUCUCCUCCUGCGGCGUCCACAGCUCCUCUGGAAACACUAUCGCCGCCAAUAUCUUUCUCACUCAAACCUAUCAGUCACUUAGAAGACAUAUGUAGCGCAACAUUUUUUUCUGCAGUUUCGAUGCAAGUUUUUUUCUUUGUGCAUCGCAUGGAUUGUGUGUCCAAUUUCAUGAUUUCUGGAGCGCGCGGAUACAAGCUGCAGCAGUCGCAUGCCACCAGCCAGAUGGGACUCAACUUUGAAAAAACGGACUGAUGUGACCCCUGGGACCUCCUUGUUGGUCAUCAUGGGAUGUGGCACCUCCGUUGCUACGGAGAAACAAGGGAGAAGAGUGGAGACAGAUGACACAGUUAAGACUCCCAGCCCAGCUCUGACUAUGAAGGCAGCAGUUUUGAUCCAGCGAUGGUACCGGCGCUACAUGGCCCGUCUGGAGAUGAGGCGCAGGUACACCUGGAACAUCUUUCAGUCCAUUGAAUACGCCGGGGAACAGGACCAGCUCCAGCUCUCCAGUUUCUUCAGUUUCAUGCUCGACAACUUCACUCAGCUGAAUGGAAAUGGACCAGACUUGAUCUCCCAGCUGCUGGACCCGGUGGUGGACCCCUGGUUGGACAGAGAGACCUGCUACAACAUGAUCCCUGUUCCAGAGUUGUACACCGGGCCCCGGCUCUCGUUUCCUCUCUCCGUCUCUGAUACGAAUGCUCUCCUUAGUGCAUUUAAGGAGCAGCAGACUCUACAUGCCAGAUAUGUUCUGCAGCUGCUGUACGAGACCAAAACGCUCCUCAAACAGAUGCCCAACAUCACCCACUUGUCAACAUCCUACACCAAUGAGAUCACUAUAUGUGGUGAUCUGCAUGGGCGGCUUGAUGACUUACUUCUAAUAUUUUAUAAGAAUGGCCUUCCCUCUGCGGAGACGCCAUAUGUGUUUAACGGGGACUUUGUGGACCGUGGGAAAAAGUCUAUCGAAGUGGUCAUCCUCCUGUUCGCCUACCUGCUGCUUUACCCCGACUACAUGCACCUGAACCGAGGAAACCAUGAAGACCACAUAAUGAACCUCAGAUAUGGGUUCACAAAAGAAGUCAUGCAGAAAUACAAGGCUCAUGGCCGUGAGAUCCUCCAGCUGUUUCAGGACGUUUUCAGCCUUCUGCCCGUCGCAACAGUCAUUGACGGAAAGAUCCUGAUUGUUCACGGAGGGAUAUCAGAUCAGACCGACCUGGACUUCCUCAGUUCCAUAGAGAGGCACAAGGUGAAAUCUGCCCUGAGGUUUCCCAGACGCAGUGUGGAGCAGCUGGACAUCGGCCAGUCCUGCAGACAGAUGAAGAGACUGAGAUCUACAGCCUGCUCUCGUCCCAGCAGCAGUCGCAGCCACAGCAAGAACCAAAGAACCCCCCACCAGAGAAAUAGGCGAUGCGGGCACAGCCGACAAGACAGCGCCGCCUCCACUUCGUCCUCCUCCUCAUCAUCGUCCUCCUCCUCUUUGCUCUUCUCUCCUCGAACUCCAUCGUGCCUCUCGCCUCGUCCGUGCCCGUCUUCUCCCAGCAUGCCUUACGCUAUCAAUGACCUCCAAGUACCUUUCCUGGACUCUCUGUCCUCUGUUCCCCCUCCUUCACCUCCACAACAUGAUCGGGAAUGGAAACAGAUAGUGGAUAUAUUGUGGAGUGACCCUAAAACCCAAAAAGGCUGCAGUCCCAACACAUUCAGAGGAGGAGGCUGCUACUUCGGCCCUGACGUCACCCAGAGACUGCUGCUCCAGCACGGACUCCAGCUGCUCAUCAGAUCCCAUGAGUGCAAACAGGAGGGAUACGAGCUCUGUCAUGGUGGACAGGUGAUCACCAUUUUCUCAGCGUCAAACUACUAUGAGGAGGGAAGCAACCGUGGUGCCUACAUCAAAGUGGGCCGAGAACUGGUUCCCCGCUUCUACCAGUACCAAGUCAGCCGCACAACACGCAAACUCACCCUGACACAGAGAGUACGAGCUGCUGAAGGUUCUGCUCUCAAGGCCCUGAAGGAGAAGCUGUUCUCCCACCGCUCUGAGCUGCUGUCAGGCCUCCAGCAGUACGAUCCAAAUAAUACCGGUAGUGUGUCAGUCAGUGAAUGGGCUCAGGUGUUGGAGUCUGUGCUGAGACUGGAUCUGCCCUGGAGGACACUUCGUCCACACUUAGCCCGUCUGGCACCAGAUGGCAGUGUGGACUAUCAGUCCUGCUUCGAGGAUAUGGAAUCAGGGAUUUCUCUGCCUCAGGUGACUUCAAACUUGGCGGAAACUCUGUUCAGAUACAGGACAGACAUUGAGAUAAUAUUCAACAUUAUAGACAAAGACCAUUCAGGUCUGAUCUCCGUCGAAGAGUUUCGUCACACGUGGCGUCUCUUCAGCGCCCACCUGGGGGUCGACAUCAACGACAGAGCCAUCGAUGACCUGGCCCGAAGUAUCGACUUCAACAAGGACGGCAGCAUAGACUUCACUGAGUUCCUAGAGGCAUUCAGAGUGGUACACAAACUGGACAACAAGGAUCAGCAAUUCAACGGAAAGAUGGAUGGAGAGAAGUAUUUGUGAAGGGAAGAAUCUGAAUACUACAGUGUGGAAGCCCUGCAAGAUUAGCAGGAAGGAAGGAAAGUAGGGAAAAGACAGUUGUUAAAGGACAAAUACAAUGCACUUUAAAAGUAUUGGUGCAUUUUAUCAUUUGUUUUAAUUUUAAUAAAGACCUUAAUGAUUCACCAUUUGUUUAGCCUUCUCGGCGUGAAAUGGCUCGACAAACGUUGGAUGGAUUGUCAUGAAAUUUGGCAUUAUUUAGAAGGAUUAUGUUAUGGUACAUGGCUGCAUUUAUAUUUCACUUUUAUUUAAAGCGCUUUUCAAGUCACAAACUACCUUGCAAGGUGCUGAUCUGACCAUUGGGAGCAAUUUGGGGCUCAGUGUCUUGCUCAAGGACACAAGAUGGAAGUCCUGGGCAUAAAAGUACACAUGAAAGUCACCAAGAACCCCACCAAGUCUAAAUGAAUUGCUAGAAAAAGUCUGACGCAGGUUCUGGGACUACGAGCUUUAGGUACGGUUUGAUUUAGCACAGAUGUAACGUCUGACAGCAGAGUUGCAGACUUGUGAGAAACAUAUUGUGCAACAGAUAUACAGCAGGAGUACCAGUGUGAUGUAGCACUGUUACCUACAUGUCAGUACUGUAGUGUUACCUAUGAAUAUUACAUGUAUUGAUACCUGAAGUAUAAAAAGAAGAAACACACUGCUGCUAGUUUCAGCUGGUGUGUGUUCAGCUGUUUACCAAAAAGGAAUAAAUUGUCUUGUUUUUUAACAAA